AUGGCGACAGUUAAGAGGCCGUCGCUUUCACUUGCUGCGACUCAGGCGAUAGAGCUCAGCAGAAAAGACGACAACAACCUUGUUUCGAGCCAUCGGCCCUCAACUGUUGACGAUGUGUAUUACGGAGAUGAAACAGCCGCCCGCUCCGACGCAGAGCGCAUCCGAGAUAGGUCGCUUCUCACGCCAGACGAGGAGAAGAAACUGGUCAGGCGGAUUGAUUGGCAUCUAAUGCCCCUCUGCUCGCUCAUCUUCAUGUUCAAGAACCUCGACUCUGACAAUGUCUCAAAUGCACGCAUCAUGAAUCGGGGCAGUAACAUGAAUAUCAUGACCCAACUGGCCAUGACGGCGGAUGAGUAUAACCUGGUCACGGUUCUUUAUUUUCUCCCUUAUAUAGUCUUCGAAGCCCCUUCGAACUUGCUGUUGAAACGAGUUUCCCCCUCACGGUGGCAGUCGAGAAUUAUGGUCACUUGGGGGAUUGUACUCGCCUGUCACUGCGCUGUAACGAACAAAAGCGGACUUUAUACUGCUCGAUUCUUUCUUGGAUUGGCUGAAGCUGGACAAUUCCCUGGUGUUAUCCUCCAAAUGACAUAUUGGUACAGACCAGAUGAGAUGUCUCUGAGACUGUUGUAUUUCUAUACAUGUGGCAACCUCUCUGGGAUAUUCAGUGGACUGCUCGCAUUUGCCUUUGACCACCUGUCCGGUGCUGGUGGACUAUUGGGAUGGCAGUGGCUGAUGCUGGUAGAGGCAAUUGCCACUAUAAUUACAGGAGUCACCGUGUGGUUCCUACUUCCUGACUCCUUCAUCCAAGCUCGACUACCGCCAAACGCCCCGAGGGCUGAUGAGUCAAACUUCAAUUUUGGAGAGAUAUUAUCCUCCCUAAAGGAUAUUAGACUGUGGCUCUUCACUCUCAUAUGGGCGUCCUUCACCGUAGGAACAUCAGGGGUGCGAUUCUACCAAUCGACUGUGAUUGCCGACCUCGGAUUCACGAGCAUAGCAACGGCACAAAUUCUGAAUCUCCCCAUCACGAUCCUCGGUCUCCUCGUCAUCUGCCUAACUGGCCUCCAUGCCAACAACGGCCGCCUCCCCCGACCCCUUUAUCCUCUCACUUUCCUGCUCAUUAUCCUCGCCAGCUACGCGGUUCUAGUCGCGUACCCGAGUACCGCAGCCGUCUACGCCGUCACCCUCGUCGGCAAUGCCGUGACAGCCACCUGGUUCCCCGUCAUGUGGCCGUGGCGUGUACAGACGACGUCAAGGACUACCGGGUCGGCGUUUAGUAUUGGCUUUGUCAACAGUUAUGGGCAGAUAGGUGGCGCAGUAGGGCCGCAGUUGUUUAGGGCAGACUAUGCACCCAGGUAUAGGACUAGUUUCGGGGUAGCGAUGGGGCUGGUUUUUGCAUGUAUAAGUAUCACGUUGGUUACUUGGUGGGUUACGAGGCAUGCCGAAAGAAAUACGAGGAAGGUCAACGGAGCUAGGGUUAGGGCGGCGGCAAGGGGAGAGAGCGUGGUUGAGGAUCUAACCAAGGAAGAUUUGAAGGGAGAUUUAAAGGGGCUGAGGUGA